UUGGAGCAUUUGGGAAGAUUCCUCUGCCAAGAAGACGAAAGGAACGGAGAAGAAGAAAAGGGGCCAAAAGCCAAAAUGAAGUUUAUGGUUCUUGCUGUCACUAUUGGGAUAACUUUGCUGCUACAGGUCAAAGCUAUGCCUUCAAAUCGCCUCUCUUGCUACAGAAAGAUACUAAAAGAUCGCAACUGUCACAACCUUCCAGAAGGAGUAGCUGACCUGACACAGAUUGAUGUGAAUGUCCAGGAUCAUUUCUGGGAUGCAAAGGGAUGUGAGAUGAUCUGUUACUGCAAUUUCAGUGAAUUGCUCUGCUGCCCAAAGCAUGUCUUCUUUGGGCCAAAGAUCUCUUUUGUGAUUCCUUGCAACAAUCACUGA